AUGGUUGGCUUUGUAUACGGAGCAGCAAGCUUUAUCCGUCAUCUUCCAAAGGCUAUUUUGGGUUGCAUAAUAGUUGUUGCGAUGAAAGAUCUUUUUAUUCAGCUUGUACGAGGUUUUCAUUUGUGCAAAGAAAGCACCGUGGACUUUAUGAUAUUUUUUGUUACAUUAGUAUCCGUUAUUCUAAUCAAUGUAAAUAGUGGUCUCAUUAUUGGAAUAAUUUUUGCUCUGCUAACAGUAGUAUUUCGAACACAAUGGGCUGACAGCUUCUGCAUGGGUCGAAUACCAGGAACAUCAGAUUUUAAAGGUUUGGGUCAUUACCGCAGUGCAGAAGAAAUUCCUGGUAAAGAUUGCACCAGCUAUUUUUGAUA